UCAGGCGCCUCGGACAGAAGUUUAGUUCUCGACUUUGAUUGGUCGCUUUCGCAGCAUCGUUCGUUUGACAAGUAAAACAGUGGUCCGCAGGAAAAGAAAGCUCCGUGCGCUAUCUUCAUUUGUACACUGCAAAGAUGUCUGAGGAGCGAUCAGAAAGAUCCGAUGGGAGGAUUGUCAAGAUGGAGAUCGACUACAGUUCAACUGUAGACCAGCGUCUCCCGGAAUGUGAAAAAAUGGCUAAAGAGGGCAAGUUGCAGGAAGCUAUCGAGAGCUUGUUAUCAUUGGAGAAGCAAACCAGAACAGCAUCAGACAUGGUAUCAACCUCCAGAAUCCUUGUGGCUGUGGUUCAGAUGUGUUAUGAAGCCAAGGACUGGGAUGCACUCAAUGAAAACAUCAUGCUACUCACCAAACGGAGGAGUCAGCUCAAACAGGCUGUUGCUAAAAUGGUCCAAGAAUGCUACAAGUAUGUGGAUGCUGUGACUGAUCUCACCAUCAAGCUGAGGCUAAUCGACACACUUCGCACUGUGACAGCUGGAAAGAUCUAUGUGGAGAUCGAGCGUGCCAGGCUAACAAAGACCUUAGCUAAUAUCAAGGAGCAAAAUGGAGAGGUCAAAGAGGCAGCUGCCAUUCUUCAAGAAUUACAGGUGGAGACAUAUGGCUCGAUGGAGAAAAAGGAGAAGGUGGAGUUUAUAUUGGAACAGAUGAGGCUUUGCAUUGCUGUCAAGGAUUACAUUCGUACCCAGAUCAUCAGCAAGAAGAUAAACACCAAGUUUUUCCAAGAGGAGGGCACAGAGGAGCAGAAGUUGAAGUACUACAACCUGAUGAUUCAGGUGGACCAGCAUGAGGGCUCCUACCUGUCUAUCUGCAAACACUACAGGGCCAUUUAUGAUACCCCUUGCAUCUUGGAGGACAGCAGCAAGUGGCAACAGGCCCUGAAGAGUGUGGUGCUCUAUGUGAUUCUUUCACCCUAUGAGAAUGAGCAGUCAGACCUUGUGCACAGAAUCAGUGGAGACAAGAAACUGGAAGAAAUCCCGAAAUACAAGGACCUUCUGAAACAGUUCACUACCAUGGAGUUAAUGCGCUGGGCCUCCUUGGUGGAGGAUUAUGGGAAAGAGCUGAGAGAGGGAUCACCCAACAGCCCUGCAACAGAUGUCUUCUCUUAUACAGAGGAAGGGGAGAAAAGGUGGAAGGACCUGAAGAAUAGAGUGGUCGAGCAUAACAUCCGAAUAAUGGCCAAAUAUUACACGAGAAUCACAAUGAAAAGGAUGGCUAACCUUCUUGACCUCUCUGUUGAUGAGUCGGAGGAGUUCCUCUCCAGCCUAGUUGUAAACAAGACCAUCUACGCCAAGGUUGACCGGCUGGCUGGCAUCAUCAACUUUCAGCGGCCCAAAGACCCCAAUGACCUGCUUAACGACUGGUCACACAAACUCAACUCACUUAUGUCUCUGGUCAACAAGACCACACAUCUCAUUGCCAAGGAGGAAAUGAUUCAUAAUCUGCAGUGAAACGAGAACAAAGUGCUUUAUUUUAUGUUUUGAUUCAUAUUUUGUUUUUCCUUCUGUGGAAAUGUUUUUGACUACACAGUUUAAUGGCAGCCUGUGAAAGCAAUCUAAUUCCGAUGUGAUAGAAUUAGCAAAAAAAGUCUUCAACACACAUGAACAUGCAAACACUUAUCCUUUGUAUCUCACUCUGGACUGGAUAUUCAAAGUGUUACACAUUGCCAUUUGAUGUAAUAUAUACAGUAGUUUAGCCUCUGUUUCUUUAUAAAAACCUGGUUUUCAAUGUACAUCUAGCAAUGUAAACAAUAAACUUCUGACAUUUGGUUAACAGUUA